CCAACCUCCACCAUAUUGCAGCCACAUCUGUGCACGUCUUUAAGUAGUUUCGGCUAAUCCGUCGUCGUUUUACUUUGGCUUCAGCGUGAAUUGACAGGUGUCGUCUCGAACAUUGUUCGAAUUCUUGUGUCGCAACAGCGUUGUCCAUUUGGUGAAGAAAAAAAAAAUUUUUCUAAAAAACAAUUCGUGUUAGUUUUUGUUAAACAUGGAACGCCGCGACUACAUUGACUCGCCUCUGAACAUGCAAGCCGUGUCACCUUCAGGAUCCUCUUCUCCUGGCAUUGACUUGGAGGGUCUUUCAUGGCCUUGCCCUGGAACGCAAGAGCGCAUGGAGACGAGUGAAGAGGAAAAAGUGAAGACGAUUUCAAAUGCCGUCUCUACCAUCUUAAAAUGUUUGGGUGAAGACCCAACACGUCAAGGCCUUUUGGGAACUCCUGAACGUUAUGCCAAGGCCAUGCUUUACUUCACCAAGGGCUAUGAAGAGAACCUGCGUGAAGUGAUCAACAACGCCGUCUUUGAGGAGAACCACGAUGAAAUGGUCAUUGUACGUGACAUCGAGGUUUUCAGCCUUUGUGAGCAUCAUCUUGUUCCAUUCAUUGGCAAAAUUCACAUUGGCUACAUUCCUCGUAAAAGGGUUCUGGGUCUCUCCAAGUUGGCUCGGAUUGCAAACAUGUUUGCUCGUCGUCUCCAAGUGCAGGAGCGUUUAACGAAGCAAGUUGCCCAAUCUAUUCAAAAGGUCCUUAAUCCCCAAGGUGUUGCUGUAGUUAUGGAGGCUACGCACAUGUGCAUGGUCAUGCGUGGUGUCGAAAAACCCGGAAGCAGCACUGUCACCAGUAGCUUGACUGGCAUCUUUCAACAGAGCCAUAAGACGCGUGAGGAAUUCUUUCGUCUUAUCCGUCAUCAUUAAGCUACUUUUGGAGAAAAUCGCUCGCUUGCAUAUUGUCCCUGUAGCGAACGUCUUCCUCACCGCUCGCCAUUUCGUUCCUUCAACGGAUCAACUCCUUUUAAGAAAAUCUCUCGUUUUCCCGGUGUUAAACUUUUUUAAUUUGUGGUAUUUAAUAACCUUUUGUUUACUUUUCUUUUGGUAAAUUUAUUAUUUCAAGGUUAUAUAUUAUCUCGGAGGUUUUAAAAUUAAGCUUUCUGAGGCCCGAAAUCAUUGGCUACGAGCGGAAAAACCUUAAAAUCCUG